GGAGAGAACUGGGGGGAGAGGGGUGGCGGGAGGAAAAGACAAAGGAAGGGGUGCGGCGAGUGGCCGGCGCCCAAGGGAGGAGUGACCUCAGCGCUGAAGCAGCAUCUGCUCGCGUCAGAGCAGGCGGGCGGCCAGGCCAGCUCCAGCACUGAGGUCCCUUUCUCUCCCUCUCCCCGCGUCCUAUCUGCCGCUCCUCUCCGGCGGCCACGGUGGCGGACCUGGGGCCUCAUUGGCCGGCUGGGUGCCGCGUCUGCAGCAUAAAUUGGAGCUCUGGGCUCUUGCUGGGACGUUCGGCUGCCCACAGCCUCCAGUCGCUCUUGCUGGGUGAUGGGAACCCCGAGUCCGGCUGCCCCCUGGGGCGGAGCCCUCUGGGCCCUCCUCCUGGCCACACUUGGCUGCUCGGCCGGCCAGCCGCUGGGGGGAGAGUCCAUGUGCACGGCCCAGCCCCUGGCCAAGUACAGCAUCACCUUCACGGGCAAGUGGAGCCAGGCAUCCUUCCCCAAGCAGUACCCGCUGUUCCGCCCACCCGCGCAGUGGUCAUCCCUGCUGGGGGCAGCGCACAGCCCCGACUACAGCCUGUGGAGGAAGGGCCAGUAUGUGAGCAAUGGGCUGAGGGACUUCGCGGAGCGCAGCGAGGCCUGGGCACUGAUGCGGGAGAUGGAAGCUGCCGGGGAGAAGCUGCAGAGCGUGCAUGGCGUGUUCUCGGCCCCAGCCGUGCCCAGCGGCACCGGGCAGACGUCCGCGGAGUUUGAGGCCCACUCCAGGCACUCGCUCGUGUCCUUCGUGGUCCGCAUCGUCCCCAGCCCCGACUGGUUCGUGGGCAUCGACAGCCUGGACCUGUGUGACGGGGGCCGCUGGAGGGAGCAGGUGGUGGUGGACCUCCACCCUUACGAUGCCGGGACCGACAGCGGCUUCACCUUCUCAUCCCCCAAGUUCGCGACCGUCCCGCAGGACACGGUGACCGAGAUCACGGCCUCCUCUCCCAGCCACCCCGCGAACUCCUUCUACUACCCGCGGCUUAAGUCUUUGCCUCCCAUCGCUACGGUGACCCUGGCGCGGCUCCCGCACAGCCCCAGGGCCUUCCCGCCCGCCCCGGCCUUCGGGGGCGGGGGCAACGAGGUCGCCGACAGCCUGCCAGGUGAGCCCAGCUCCCACCCCUCCGUAGCGCCCACGGCCACCCCCCAGCCCCGCUUCACAUGCGUGCUCCUGGGUUGCAGGCGCUCGGGCUGGCGGGCAGCCGCGACGUUCACCACUGGCUGCGCCGGAGCAGGAGCAGCACUUGGGUUUGGGGGUCAGUCGGGACUUGCUCGGACAUCACCUGGUCCUGAGCUCCCGCUCCAGCUCUUACCUCUCACCCUAAAUAACCCUCGAAGGCCAGUGCCCGCCCCAGGGGGAACGCCUGUGAAGUGACACCCGCUGCUUUCACAGGGGCAGCCCCGCCCCCGCGUGCGCCCCGCCCCCAGGGCCCUUGGUCCAGGGCUCAGCCCUGCGCCGCCGGCCCGCCCCACGCAGAGCGCCCGUCGCCAGGCCACAGAGCUGGGUUGCGUGGCCGCGUGGAGUGUGAGGACGGGUCAAACCGGGAGAGGCUGCCGGUGCUCAGAGGGCGGGGCAGCGCCGCCGGGGCUGCGUGAACCCGCGUCUCCGAGCGGCUUCAAAAGCAGGAUGGGAGCAUUUGGUUGGGACGCUGGUUCUGAGAGAUUUGGGAUUUGGUUCAUUCGACUCCAAACUGAAGAGUUAACUCGUGCCCAGCAUUUUCAACUGAAAGCCUUUCACACUUCCACAGCCCAGAGUGAGUCGGAGAGGCCCCAGGCCCCGCCCGGUGUCCCCGCUGACCCCUGUGUGCCCUCCUGGCAGCGGGUCGGUGGGGGCGGUGCCGCCCGCGGGGGAGGGGCGAGCGGUGCGCAGGUGCCGGGCGAGCGAGGGGGGCCGCGGCCCCAGUGUGGCCAGCCUCCCGAAGGGUCCGCACCUGGAACAGCAGCGCAGCGGUGGAGACCCUGCCGGUCUGUGCCCACGUCAGAGAACGUUUCACGACAGGAUCUCCGCUCUCCCCCAGCCCCACGCCCCGCACCCCGGAGAGCGGGGAUCCAGCCGGCAUCGGGCUCUCAGGGCGGAAACCUUCACCCAGUCGCUCGGGGGUGGCUUUUCGGGGGUGUGCUUGGUGGCGUCGCCCUGGAGGUGGCCGGAAAGCGCAAUGAUAAAAUCAGGAGUUUCCCGGCCAAGUUCGGAGGCGGUGUCGGGCGAGGACCCCCUUCCUCUCCCGCAGCCCCGCCUCGCUCACCGUCCUCCUUGCGCCCCCAGCUCCGGAGACGCCGCUGGACUGCGAGGUGUCGCUGUGGUCGUCCUGGGGGCUGUGCGCAGGCCCGUGCGGGCGGCCCGGGGCCAAGAGCAGGACGCGCUACGUCCGUGCGCGGCCCGCCAACCACGGGGCGCCCUGCCCGGGGC